AUGGGCAACUCACUUGGACCAGCUUCAAAUGGCCCUAUUAUCAGCGUAGAUGACGCAAGAGCUCAUGUGUCCGACGAGGAGUAUCGACGUAUUCACGCUGCUUUUUCGGGAUUCAAGAAGCCAUUUAUCACAUUCGAUGAGUUCUGCUACCACGUUCUUGGUGGUGCGCGGAUCCCAGAAGAAAAACAAAAAGAGCUGUUCAAAUUCUGUUCUAGAAAUUCUGAAACUUUGUCGUUCGAGAAUCUUCUAACAGCUCUUGUGGGAUUAUGUAGAAUCGAACAAGUCCAGGAACAUUUCAUAGAAGAAUGCAAAGAAUUCGCUUCAUGGGGUCUGAGACCUCCGCUGCUUACGAUCCCAAUGAGCGAUUCCUACAUAUCUUUUUACGAAGUGAUGUCUUAUGUUACACACCUGUCCGUGGAAGAGGUGAUGGAACUAGAAAAAGUUUUUGCAACAAUAAGCGACCGAUCUGUAUGCAAACUUUCUAAAGAUCGUUGGGAUACUGCACUUUGUGGUUGUUUUCCUACCAAAUUUGUAGAUCAGCUUUUCCGUGUGUUCGACGAGAACGGUGACAAUCAGAUCGACUUCCGUGAGCUAGUGUGCGGAUUGUCGGCUAUGUGCCGUGGGCCAUUCCCCAGUAGACUUUCUUUUUUGGCCAAGCUGUGGGAUGAGGACUGUGAUGCUAAACUUUCCGACACUGAACUUCACGAAAUGUACGAGGAUUUGAAAGUGCCUCCAAGUGAUCGAAAUGUCGUGAAGAGUGCCGGCGAAAAGGCUGCGGCCGUUGACUUUGCUACGUGGGCUAAUGGGAAUGAGUACGCGAAAGAACACUAUGCUAUGGCUAUGGAAGUAGGUCACAUAUGCCUAGGACUACGUCCAGAAUCUCACAAAGUAGGAUUGGCACUAGUGAACUCUUUUGAGUCUCGCUCGAAAAAUUUGCCACUACUCGAAUGGAGCAUUGUUUCAUCUGUAUGGCACAACGAAUGGGCGAAAGCAGCUGCUGAAGGCAAAACUCCACCUCCUGUGGACAACUCAACUAUUAAAGGAACUAAAGCUGACGAUGGAUGGAGUGGAAAGGUGGCAUGUUUGUCGCUGGAAUCUGCAAAUCUUCGAGCUGAUUUGACGCCUAAGGAUUACAUUGCUGUACCUCCGGCACUCUGGCGAGCAUGGCUAAGAUGGCACGGAAGCGCUCAGUCGGUCGAUGGUCAGUUCACUCGCAAAAGACUUAGUGGGGAGUUUUUUCCUGAUGGAAAAGAAGGUCUUGAACUGUACCCUAUGGAUAUACUCUUACUUGGGCACGAUAAAAAGAAGCUUAAGGACAUUGACGGGAUUCAACAAACUUCGCCUUGGGCUUGUGCUCAGGUUUCGCGAAGUUGUAGUGUGGACGAAUUGCUGCAGCUGUGCAGAAGUGAAUUGAGACUCGGCGACGGAGAUGCCAGGCUAUGGCUUGUUGGCGAAGAGGGAAACACUCUCUUAGACGACGGGAUGAGAACAUUGCAUCAACUGACGGGGAAAGGAAAACGAGUUAGCAAAUUCCUGUUAGAAUUGAGGGAUCCAAAUGGUGUCUGGCCAGAAGAACUGAGAGCCUCAUUAACGGGAACCCAAAUAUCUUCAUUGGCUAGUACAUCGGGUCGUCCUGGUGCCGUUGGUCUUGUAAAUUCGGGGAAUUUUUGCUACAGAAAUGCAGCCAUCCAAUGUCUAGCACGAGUCUCACCUCUUACCGAAUAUCUGCUCAACGAACACAGCAUGAGUGCGUUGAAGAAAGGUGAUGCUAAUAACAACGAAUCAUUCGUGACAACAUUGGAGUACUCGAAGUUAUUAAAGGAAAUGUGGGCCGCUAAGAAGAAGAAUAUCUCACCGAAUAGUUUCAACGAUGCAGUCAGAUUUGCGGAUCAAUUUGAUGAUGGGGAACAGCACGACUGCCAGGAAUUUGUCUCUUUCCUUAUUGAACGAUUCCAUACAUGUGUAGCAAGGAUUGAAUAUGAGAGUUCUCUGGAAAAUGGAAGUGAAACAACUGAGACAGAUGUAGAUUCAAUCAAGACUGGUUCCGUUGAAGACGUAGAGCCGAAUGAGGAGAACUUGACGGAUGAGCAGAAGGGAGAAAAGGCAUGGAAUCAUUAUAUUCGAGACAAUAACUCUUUGGUGACGUCACUUUUCUCAGGCCAAUUGCGAUCCCGCUUAAUCUGCCGCAAGUGCAAAUCCUCGUCUUCAGUGUUCGAAGCAUUCACCUCACUUAGUCUUCCAAUUGGUUUCGAAAAUGUGGAACUGUACCAAAUUAUUGUGGUUCGACGUGAUGGUAGCGUUCCACGACGAUAUGGUUUCCGGCUACCGAGAGAGUGCACCAUAGCGACAUUUAAAGGACUAGUUGCGGAAGCAAGCGGAGUGAAUAAAGAUGCACUCACUAUUCAAUGUCUCAGCAAAAGGGGAUACUUUAUGAAUCCGUCUAGCACUGAUGAGAAUCUACCGUUAAGCUCUGUACCAUCUGGUGCACGAUUAUAUGCGCUUCAUUUACCCGAAGAUACACCAGAAUGGAGAGUGGCUAUACAUAGAAAACUGCAAUACAACUAUGAACCGUAUUUUCUCGGUUCUACGGGUGGAUUUGUUGUAUCGCAGUUUGGGUUGCCACUCAUUGUCCCAUGUCCAGCAAAUAUCACUGGAAAAGAGUUAUAUGAAGAUGUUAUGAGCCAGAUGCGACGAUUUAUGGACUUGUCGUCGCCAGCCAUCUCCAAUCGUGCACACGAUCCGUCUGAAAAUAUCUCGUUCGGUUAUCCAUUUUCUCUUUGCUUGGUGGACGAGUCAUGGGAAUGGUGUGGCCAAUGUGCAGCGUUGAGGUUCUGUCGUGGAUGUGCUAUAAGGCCGGAUUCAUCAUUGGCAAAUAUUCCUGAGAACUGUGGAAUAGCUGUGGAUUGGUUACCUAUUGCGUUGUACCUCAAAUAUAACCAUUCGCAGGAAUUGGCUUGUGAAGAUGACGAAUCGGUGGCAGAAACCUGGUCAAGACACUUUGCUCCAUCUUCUUUGGAACACUGCCUGGAAAAGUUCAGCUGUCCUGAGACUCUUGAUGUGCUGAUCCAUUGUGACACAUGCAAUGAGAAGACAAAAAGAGACAAAGUGAUGACUAUAUGGAGGUUGCCAAGAUAUUUGAUAAUUCACCUCAAGCGAUUUGAGUUUUUACGUGGUGAAGGAAGAAUGGGUAAAUGUAAACGAGUGAUUACUUUCCCCCUAAGGCAGUUCGAUCCAACACCAUUUGUGGACGGACAUGUUGGAAAAAGUAAAUAUGAGUGCAUUGCUAUUGCGAAUCAUUACGGCCAGCUGUCAUCAGGCCAUUUUGUUGCCUACGCUCGUGGUAUCGAUGAGAAAUGGCUUCUGUUAAAUGAUUGUUCUGUUAGAGAAGUAUCUGAAGAAGAGGUAGAUCGAGCUGGUGCAUACUUAUUGUUUUUCGAGAGAAAGGAUUGA